AUGGCUAUAAGUAGCGGCAGCAUUUCUGAGAGCGCCUUCCGCGGCGUUGCGGCUUCUCGUUCAAUUCGCUCGUUAUCAGAGUUUGCGGGGCGGCCAGUUGCGACGAAUGCGAUCCUGACAGGUGCAUGCAAACAUCGCGCAUCGUCUCCCCGACCAAUCACGUUCUCCCUCCAAUCACACAUCAUCGCGUCCACGUCAGCCUCUGCCGCUUCAUCAGCCGCCAUGGGCUCUGCCACUGUCCCCGCAUCAGGCGGCGGGGUAGGCGGAGAAGCGGCGCCAUUCCGCCAGAUGACUCCCGAGGAGCACUGGUGGUGGGGCACGCCGGAAUUCAUGAUGGGUAACUGGCAUGGCCAAUGGAGAUCGUGGAAGCCGCUCGAAUCAACGGACGAGAAUCGAUCCAUGAAAUCCGUGCGGAAGCUGUGGGCCACGUCACCUGAUCGCAGCAGCUUCGCCCACGUGAACGAUUGGUACGACUUUCAGGGCGAGGCGCCUGCAUACAUGCCCAAGGUGGGCGUGCAAUGGGACAUGUCACUCGCACAGCACAGCCUGCCAGACGGGUUCUGCCACGUGGUGGCCAGCAAAUCGCGCCGAUACGCCGUGAGUCGGCAGGCGGACGCCAUCUGGGGGCCUAUUGAGGUGGCGGACGGGGCGGGCGGGAUGAUGCUGCCUUUUUUCAUCGAGUUCUUCUUCGCUCACACGACCACCACCCGUCUCGCCUGCAGCAUUCAGUACCAGGUAGAUGGAGCCUUGCGAACCUCAGUCGCGGUAGAAGAGACACUAGACAACAACGAACACCGCCCGGCAGACUGGGUCCCGCCCGCGUGGGGCCAGGGCUGCCUCUCGUCCCAUCUGCCCGACCACCUGCCGCCCGUUCCGGCACUAGAUGACAAGACAGUGGUGGGGACCCGCACUGUUCUGACCCGCAACCUGAUGGUUCAGGAGCGAGAAAACGUGUCCUGGGCAGAGGAGUGGAACCCGAACGGCACUACCGCUGCUGCCGACACAGCAGCAGCGGCGGCAGCAGGGUUUAUGGGCCGGGUGCCUCAAGGAGACGAGGAGCAGUAUGCGGUGGUUUCUCUGCCCCAGCAGGUGGUGGUGUGCGCCCCUCGCUCGCUACAGCUGGUGGCAGGGAGGCCAUUUGUGCUCUCUGUGUCAUGGGUGGUGGGCGCUGGGCUGGUGGGAGAGGGCGAGGUGAAGCGGAUUACUGCCUACUGGGGGGCUGACGGGGGCUUUGAGAAAGUGGAGGGGGAGUGGUACAGGAGAGAGGCAUGA